UGAAAUGUUCGUGUUUGGGUGAACGGUCUCUUUAAAAACACUCACCACGCUGCUAGAAAAAGAGAUCGAGAGAGAUAUGAGAAAAGAGAGGAACAGAGUAACAGACAGUGAGAAAGAGGCAGGAAGAGAUGCUGAACUGCUGCUUUUUACACUACUUUAAAAGUGAGAAAUAGAGAUUUUUUAAAAUAGCACCAAUGUCGGAAUGAAAAUCUGCUUAUCUUAUCUGUGAUUUCUCCUGCAUAGACCUAAGAUGAGCCCAGAUUUAGACAUAAACGUCACUUGCACCAACUUGUAUGACCAUCGCCCAGUGGCCCGAGUCCUCAUACCUCUGGCCUAUUCCAUCAUAUGCCCAGUGGGACUUUUAGGCAAUGCCCUGGCCCUGCAUGUGAUCUUCUUCAACAUCACCAAACUUAAUUCCAUCACGCUUUAUUCCGCCAACCUGGCAGUGUCUGAUAUCCUGUUCUGCCUGUCGCUUCCCCUUCGAGCCGUUUACUACGGCCUUGGCUUCCACUGGCCCCUGGGGGAAGGACUAUGUAAAGCCAUAGCACUGCUCUUCUACUUGAACUGCUACGCUGGAGUAAACUUCAUGACUUGUCUGGCAAUCGAUCGUUUCGUGGCACUGGUGUUUCCUCAGAAGCUGGCGAAAUUGAGAAAAGUCAAGAACGCCCGAUUAGUGUGUCUGGCAAUAUGGCUGCUGGUGUUUGCCCAGACGUUGCCUCUCCUGACCAUAAACUUGACCAAAACGGAGAAUGAUAAAAGCAUCUCCUGUAUGGAAUACCCUAAUUUUGAAGGCCUCUUCAAAGGGCUGCCCUACUUGCUGAUUGUUGGGGUAGUUUUAGGCUUUGGCAUCCCGCUGGUGACAAUCAUCGCCUGCUACUCUAUACUGACCCGUAAACUUCAUCUGGCAGCAAAGUCAAACCGGCUCACAGAACGCUCUGGAAGGACCAAAAAAGCAAGAGGAGUGAUCGCGGGAGUGGUAUUUGUGUUCGUGGUGUGUUUCGGCCCGUACCAUCUAGACCUUCUGCAAUACAUGAUCCGAAAGCUUAUCUAUGAUCCGAACUGCACCGAGCUACAGUCCUUUCAGAUAUCCCUGCAUAUCACGGUGUGCCUCAUGAACUUCAAUUCGUGCCUGGAUCCAUUUGUUUACUUUUUUGCCUGUAAAGGCUACAAGCAGAAGCUGAUGAAAAUGAUGAAGUUACAGGUUGGCACCCACUUCUCUAGCAUUGGAAGAACCUCGCCUGAAAGCUCAGGGAUAGGAGAUGUGCUCGGGACACGCCGCAACACCGGAAUGACAAUGAAAAAUAUUAGAGGAGGACAACUGUCAACAUGAACAUACAUAAGAGGAUGAAAAGUGACAACAAACACAAUACGGGUCGAACUUGAGACUUAAAAGCCAAGGACAAGGCAGGAGAAAGAUGGACGCUUGACAAGCACUGGAAUCAUAGUUGAGAAAGAAAAAAAUACUUGCUGCAAAAAAAGAUUAUAAUCUCUGAAGUAAUUUUUUUUUCUCAGAAGUAAACUUAAUUUUUGUGUUUCACAAAAGAUGGCAAGUUACGGGUUUGGACUGAUGGGUGGAGUACAGUUUUAUUUUCAGGGUAAACUAUUCAUUUCCGAACAGUUAAUGUUUCAAACUGAAAUAAAUGAUUCACUUCUAAGUUUUUUUUUUUUUUUAAAUGCAAAAUAAAUCUUUUGAACU